UGUGCUCAAGUUGUCAGUUGCCGACAAGAGGACUUUGUAUUUUAGUUGUUUUUAAAUUAAAACUUACACUAUUUAUUUGUACUAAAAAUGGAUGACGAAGGAGAAAAUAUAUUGCUAGAAGAUAACUACUAUCAGCUGUUAAAUGUUUCCAAGACGGCAACACCAGAAGAAAUAAAUAGCGCAUAUCGCCGGUUCUCGCGUAUGUUUCACCCUGACAAACACAGCACAGAUCCUAACAAGCAAAAAUGGGCUGAACAAAUAUUCAACAAAGUGAAGGAGGCAUAUGAGGUGCUUUCAGACUCGCAUAAGCGAGCCAUCUAUGAUACAUUAGGGAAGCGCGGCUUGGAAGUAGAUGGUUGGGAAGUAAUUUUCCGUACUCGCACUCCAAGAGAAAUACGAGAGGAAUAUGAAAGGUUAAAGAGAGAAAGAGAAGAGAGAAGACUUCAGCAGAGUGCAAACCCACGAGGCACUAUAACCCUGUCGGUCAAUGCUACUGAUUUGUUUAUGAAAUAUUAUGAUGAAUAUGAAAUUCUGGAAGACACAACAAUCAUUCCCAGUAUUGAAGUAUCCGGGAUGAAUAUUCAGCAAUCCAUUGAUGCUCCUGUCACUUUAAGAAACACUAUGACAUUAUCUGGAAAUAUAUCCACUCAGAACGGAAUAGGUACCGGAUCGGUGAAUAUGUGUAACCGUCAUUUAAGUUCAGAGAAAGGUUGGACAGAGGUGGAGCUUGGCAUUGGUAAUGGACCAUUGUUAGGAUUUAAAGUGUUUCGCACCUUGUCUCGUCUAAUGUUCUUAAACUGCGGAACUGUUUUACAGUUUACACCUAGAGGAAUAUCACCGAGUCUGAUAUCAACUAUGGCACUUCAGUUGGAUGCGCAUUCUGUUGGGUACCUCACAUAUCGGGCGGGUGGUCAAGGUGGUUCCUCAAUGACAUCCAUAUAUGUGCGGGAUUCUGAGAAAUACCACACGAAUACCGCCAUUCAGAUUGGCAACCCUCAUUCUUUCAUAUCAUUCAAUGUUAUGCGGAAGCUGCCUCAGCAUGACUUGAAGUUGCGGUUGGCUCUCAAGUUUGGUACAUUUGGGGCAAUUGCUGAAUAUGGGGCAGAGAAAAAAGUGUCACAAAACAGUAGCGUCUCAGCUGCAGUCAUGUUAGGCGUACCUAGUGGAGUAAUGCUCAAAUUGAAAUGGACUUGUUCGUCGCAAACCAUAGUCGUCCCCAUCCAUCUAUGCGAAGAAGUGAUGCCAUCGCCAGUGUUUUACGCGACUGUCUUGCCAAUCGUCUCCUGGCUGGUUCUCAAGAAACUGGUACUGGAUCCGAUCGCCAGGGAGCGGCAGGAGCGCGAGAGACAGCGAUCUAUGGAGGCCAAUUAUGAAAGGUUGCAAGAGAUGCAGCGGCAGGCGAGAGCAACCGUAGAGUUGAUGAGAGAGACCUACUCCAGGAUCAGGAGCGAUGAGGAGAAGAAGAAGGGAUUAGUUAUUAUAAAGGCUGUGUACGGAAAAUUGCCUUCAGGUGCGACUAGCCACGAGGUGUCGGCAGAGCAGACGGGCGACGGCGUGGCGCCAGAGUCGCCGAGUCCCUACAGCGAGGUGAUCGACGUCACCAUCCCCAUACAGUGCCUCGUCAAGGACUCCCGACUGGAACUGCUGGAGGCUAGCAAGUCGGAGCUUCCAGGGUUCUACGACCCGUGCGUGGGCGACGACAAGCACCUCACCAUCCAGUACAUGUUCCACAACAACCUGCACUGCUGCACCGUCGCCGACACACAGGCCCUCGUCCUGCCGCGCAACAAUCAUAGGAUAAAGAAUAGGUCCUGAAAAUUAAGAUCCCAGCGGUGCACGCGACCACAGCGCGCAAACGGCCUCCGAUCAGGCAACUGAGCGCAUCGCAUCGCAGGCAUCGAUACACGACGUACCGGAAUCCAGAAUACUGUUGUGGCUACUCAGUGGACUGAAGGCAGCUAGUAGAACAUUCCAUUUUAAACACAGGUUAACAAGAAUCAUAUUCAAUUGUAAGUUUUUUCUUCAAUAUUCUAUUAACAUAACGUCACUUCGUUGUUAUUGUUCUGCGAGGGAUUGUCUUAGCUGUCUACACAAUGCAGGUCAAGUUCUGUCAAGAGCACACAAUAUUUAUGAUCCUUGUUCAAUCUGCACGAUCAGCCUUUAUUUCAUUAAUAUCACUACGAGUAUCACUAAAAGUCAUAGCGUAUGAUUACUUAAAUUUCUUAAAGAACACAAAAUCGACAUAAAAUAAAGGGAAAAUUGGCACAGCAUGGUCCAUAUCUGAACCUAGCCUGUUUCUGUAGGAACUAGCGGAAAGAAGGUUUUCUAUGAGGGAGCUAUUGAUAUCUGAGCUGGCUUCGGUGACAGCACGGAAUUAAUUUAUGUAUAUUCACUUGUUUUAUACUCGCCAUAGCCAUCAAAGAAACAGCCAUCUCCAAAUUUAAUAAAUUUUUAACAUGCUGUUGCUACGCUGGUAAUGGCUAAAGGAAAAAUGCCCCUUUACCUUUUAUUCAAUUAGGUUUAUGUAUAAUAUUAUGUAGCCGGACUGAAAUACAAUAUACUACUAUAUUAUACCUGCGAAUGUGGUCAACCGUUGUUUCCGAUAUUCACCUUAAAAAGAAAUAUGAAAACAUAUUUAGCGUAGGUUAAAUUAAAUUUAAUUCAUAAAGCUUAGUGCUCUUAUAUUUUACAUAGAAACUAAAAAUAUAAAAAUAAUACAAACUUGGACAUGUAAUUGCAAUAAUGUUGUAUAACUAGCCCAGACCAAAGAAUUAGUGUGUUUAGCUUUUAAAUUACGGUAGCUAUACUAUGUGUCUUAUCUAUAAUUUCAAUGACUUGGUUAACGUGACCAUAGAGGAAGCUGCUUAUCAAGAAAAUUUGAAUGGAUUCUCUUGUACGUCUUAAAGACACACAUUUUAAAAUAAGCAAACAUUUUAGUAACAAUGUAUUGUUCCUUGGUAAAUUACUCCAACAUAACCUGUAUUUAGUAGUCUUCCUUAGGAAUUAGAGAUGUACACCAAUUACUUUUAAGUUGAUUCUGUUCCCUACCAGCUUAUGCGACGUUUCUUGAACCACGACGAUGGUAAUUACAUUUGCCCUGUGAUUACAUGAAUGCACUUGCACGUUUCGAGUAAAUUUUCAAUGUUAGCGAGGACGAAUAUUUGUUCACAAACUAAUUUUUUGUUCUGUAUAGCUUUCUGAAAGGAGGCAAGAGCCUGGUGGGUAACAAAAUACUUGCACUUGUUAUGUUAAAGUAACAUAAUACACAAUUUUAGGUGUGGCUUAUGUAAUACAUUUUUGCAAAAUCUAUUAUGCGUGAGUGUUAAUAUUAUGUAUGAUGUAGUGUCGCGCUCUUAGAGCAAUAUUUUAUUACAUUGUGAUAUUUUUCCAUAUACAUACAUGUUUAUAAAUGUUGUGUCGAAAUUCAUCUAUGUUUUUAUCCCUUUUUGUCUUAUAGAUGUUGUGUCGAAAUUCAUCUAUGUUUUUAUGCCUUUUUGUCAAUGUAGGUUGUGAUACAAACUAAAUUAAUUAUUAUUUUUGCGGCACCACAGUUGCCUUCCUAUAAGGAUUGAUUAGUAAUUACGAAAUUUUUUUUUUCGACAUCGAAGUACGUUUUGGCUUUGUGCAAAUUAUAAAUAAUUUAGAUUUAUCGAAUAUCGUGAAUAAAUACGACAUACUACUUAAACAUAUAAAUUACUUGUUGUACAUAAUGGAUGUUGUAUUGCCGUUUCAUCAUUAUUUCGUUGCUUUUAAACCAUAUUAAGUAGGAUAAGCUUUCGACAGUACUUUUCUGGGUUCCGACUUACUUAGUUGUACAAAACGUUGUUACACGUGAUUAUUUAUUAUGCUUCGUCAAUAUUUACUUACAAUUUUUAAAUUUUGCCUUUAGUGAAAAAAUCUUGUAGUAUUUUUUCUUUUGAUGAAGAUGUAACGUGCAUUUGUUUGUUUAUUUAUCGAAUAAUUUAAACCUGUAGUAGAACUAAACUGUAUACUAUAUUAGAUAGUGUUAUUAUGCAAUUAACUAUUCUCGGUGUUAUCAAUGUACCCCGAUUUCCAUACAAAAUAAAACACAAUGUUGU